AUGUAAUCUUUGAGUCAUUUGGAAUCAAGAUUAAGUAGUUUGUAGGACUUUAAUAAAAUAAAGGAUCCUUAGUCUGUAUUGGAAGAAGAAUUUAAUAAAUAGGAGACAUUAAAGAAAUAGAUAAAUGAUUAAAAUUCUUAAUUCAAUUUAAUUUUUUAGGAGAUAAGAAACAAUAAUAUAUAUAAAUAAAGAAUAUAUUAGAAAUUGAUAAAACAUGAAAUGGAAAUCAAACCUAUAAUUUUAGAGAAAGUGGAUUAGCAUUUAUAAACAAUUAGUAAGUUUGAUGAAUCAUAAUCAAUUUCAAGUUUAGAGACUACAAAAUAAUUAUAGAUUUCUAUUGAUGAAUUAAUUAAGUCUAUAAAUAAGAAAAAACAAUAGAUUUACCCUAUGGAACAUUAGAUGUAACUGUUGAAAUAUUAAUAAAAAUAAGCUGAAGAUGAAUUAAUUCUAGCUGAAUUUGAAAUGCUUAGAUCAAAAUAAUUAUUAUAAUCAAUGAAAACUAAAAUAUAAAGAUUAUAGAGCAGAAGAAAUCAAUAUUUACAAGAGUUAAUGGAUUAAAAUGAUCUUCAUAAAGCAAACACAGAAGAAUAAAAGAAAGAAUAUUAAGUAAUUUAAGAUCAUAUCAAUGAAUUAAAAAUAUAAAUACAUGACUAAAAAUUAUAAAUUGAAGAUUUGAAAUAAUAAGAGAGAUUCAAAUGGGAAUCUAGUGGCAAUUAAAUGAUAAUAAUUAAAAAUUAUUUAGCUAUGACAAAGUUAUAUGAAUUUUGUACAAAUUAAAUUUAAAAGAUUGAUAUCAGUUAAGAUUCUAAAAAUGAAAAUGAAGAAUCUGAAGAUUUAAUUAUUGAAUCUUCUGAAAAUUCCUUUUUAGAUGAUGGAGGAGUUUUUUAAACUUAAAUAAAGUAAACUUCACUUAAAUCUAAAUAAUCAAUUAAAUCUAUUAAUUCAAUUAAGAAGAAUUAAAAAAAGGCAAUAAAUUAUCAAUAAUCUUUAUAAAAUUUUAUUACUGCAAAAGAAUUGAUAUCAUAAGUAAAAUUGAAUGUAGAUAUCAAUAUAAUUGAAGAAAUCAUUCUUAAAGCUUAUGAAGAAUAAUCUAAUUUAUAAAGAUAAUUAGCAGAAUAACAUACAUUUCUUAUUGAAUAGAAGGGUGAAUGUAUUAAAGAAUAUAAUAAUAUAUAAUAAAAGGUAUAUAAUUAUAUUUUAUAAAUAUUUAGUUUUAACUUGAUGAUGGUAACAAUAAAGAAAGAAUAAUAAAAUGUUCAAGACCAUCUAAUGAUAAUUUUAAUUAAAAUGUAAUAACAUCAAAUAUUGCUUUAUCAAGUGUAACUAAUAAAUUAAAAAUUAUUUAAACAAUAAGUAGAAGAUAAUAAAUGGAAGAUUUAUUUCUAUGUAUGAAUAAUAGAGCUAGUAUUUUCUUGUAAAGAAUAAUAAAUAUUCUUCAUAAUAUAGCAUAAAGAAGUGAAAUUGCAAAUUAAGAUAUGAUUGAAAAAUAUUAAUAAGCUUAAAUGACUUUAAUGUUUGUGAAAUAAAAUUAAUAAUAAUUAUAAAUGAAUUUGGAUGAUUAUCCAGAAUUUAAAAAAUUGAAAAAAUCACAUAAUAUUACAUUAUUAUAUAAUGAUAAUCAAAUAUUUAAUGAAUUUAAGUAAUAUUGUUAAUAAAUAACAGAAAAUGAAAUUGAUGAUAAAGUAUUAUCUGAAAAUUUUGAUGCUUUUGUUUAGUUAUGUUUGAAUAGAAUAGCAUCUGAAAGUUAAUGCAUUUAUGAAUAAAUAGCUAUAAUAUGUAAUUAAAUAAAAAUAGAAACACAAUAAUUAAAACAUUUUUGUCAUAUAUCCUCUACAGAAUAAAUACCAUUACCUCACAUUGUUUAGAUGACUUACAAUAUGGCUGCAGAAAAGUUACAAAAUUAUACAGAUUCCAAAAUCAGUGAUCCUAAUAUUACUACAAAAAGAAAGCAAUUGGCGUAUUUGAAUUGGUAUUCAUUUUAGACGAAGAUCUUUGUUGUUAGAUGAAAGAAACUCAUAAUAAGGAGAGACAAAUGAAGAAAACUAUGAAAAAUAUUACAGUUAAAUAAAAAAUGGAAUAGAAAAUCCUUAAAUAAAAAGAGAUAUAUAAACAGAUUCUACUAUGGUAGCUAAGACUAGUUUACUUUAUGAUAAUUAUACUCCUCGUACUGAAUUCAUUAAAUAAAAUAGAUAAUUAACAUUAUCUUUAAAUAGAAUACAAUCAUGUAAAGAUAUAUAUAUAUAUAUAGUGAGUCAUAUUUAUCAUUAAAUAAAUAAUUAAGAAUUUAGUAAUAAUUUUAAACAUAAUAUACAUAGAGAACAGAAAACUAUUUAAUAUUUAACUAAUCAUAGUACUCAAACUAGACCAGGAAGUAAUAGUUUAGCUAUGAUGUCAACUUAUAGAUAAGAAUGUAGAACUGAACAUAAUAUUAAUAAUGAUAAAUCAAAGACUUUUAAAUAGAUAAAAAGUAAAUCAUAAAUAUCAAAAGUUAUAUUGAAUGAAGCCAAAAAAUAAAUGCAAAAAAUAAAAACAAUUAAUAAAUUAUAAUUUAACCAAUGA